UUUGUAUUUCACAUGGACCCUUAUCUGGGCAUCUUCUUCCUCACUCCCUUCUUCCAGUCCUGCUAUGCCUGGUCAGUGAAUAAUUUCCUGAUGACGGGCCCCAAGGCCUAUCUCAUCUACUCCAGCAGCGUGGCAGCUGGGGCGCAGAGCGGCAUCGAGGAGUGCAAGUUCCAGUUUGCCUGGGACCGCUGGAACUGCCCGGAGAGGGCACUGCAGCUCUCCAGCCACGGUGGGCUGCGCAGUGCAAACCGAGAAACAGCCUUUGUCCACGCCAUCAGUUCUGCGGGCGUCAUGUACACACUGACCCGGAACUGCAGCCUGGGGGACUUCGACAACUGCGGCUGUGACGACUCCCGCAAUGGGCAGCUGGGGGGACAAGGCUGGCUGUGGGGGGGCUGCAGCGAUAACGUGGGCUUUGGGGAAGCUAUUUCCAAGCAGUUUGUGGAUGCCCUGGAGACUGGACAAGAUGCCAGAGCUGCUAUGAACCUGCAUAACAAUGAGGCAGGUAGAAAGGCAGUGAAAGGGACCAUGAAGCGGACUUGCAAAUGCCAUGGUGUGUCGGGGAGCUGCACCACCCAGACCUGCUGGCUGCAGUUGCCCGAGUUUCGGGAGGUGGGCACUUACCUCAAAGAGAGGUACCACAAAGCCCUGAAGGUGGACUUGCUGCAGGGAGCAGGGAACAGCGCUGCCAGCCGGGGUGCCAUUGCUGAGACCUUCAGUUCCAUCUCCAAGAAGGAACUGGUCCAUUUGGAAGACUCUCCUGACUACUGCCUGGAGAACAAGACACUGGGGCUGCUGGGCACGGAGGGCAGGGAGUGCCUGAAGAGGGGCAAGGCGCUCAGCAAGUGGGAGAAGCGGAGCUGCCGGCGGCUGUGUGGGGACUGCGGGCUGGCAGUGGAGGAGAGGCGAGCCGAGAUGGUGUCCAGCUGCAACUGCAAAUUCCACUGGUGCUGUGCUGUGCGCUGCGAGCAGUGCCGCAAACGGGUCACCAAGUACUUCUGUGUCCGCAAGGAGAAGCGGGAGCGGAGCGGAGGUGGCGGAGCCAGCCGCAAGCUCAAGAGAAAGCUCUAA